UCCGCUACCUUCCUCAGCUCAUACUCGAAGCGGGCAGCAACCUGCGCUUUGGUAGAAAACAAGAAAAAAAACAAGAGGACGAAGAAGAAGUCUGUUAGCAGGGCCGCUUUAAACAGGCUUAAUGCUGCGAUGAGGAGGCCCCUGUCAUGACAGCUUAUGUGGAGAUGUCUGGGAAAUCACCACCUGCUGGUCCACAGCAGGUGUUAAGACGUCACUCUGAAGUACCCGGUGAGGAUGCGGGCACAGUGAAGAUCCUCAAAGUGUGCUUCAUUAGCAACAGCUCCAACCUAGGAAAAAACUUUAAGCUUGUAAAAUGUGACAGCUCAUGGGAAAUCAGGGCCAUUAUUCAGUCUAUCUUGGAAAGUGGACGGCUUGGUCCAAACAUCAAGUUCCCUGGCUGCUAUGGAUUGCGGCUGAAACACCUCAAAUCAGAUGAAGUGCACUGGCUCCACCCUAAUUUGACGGUGGGUGAGAUGGAGAAGAAGUAUGAGCACCAGCAUGUUGAGGCAGAGUGGAGGUAUGACCUGAGAAUCCGAUAUAUCCCUGCUGAUUUCUUGGAGAAGUUAAAUGAAGACCGAACCACCAUGCUGUAUUUCUACCAGCAGGUUCGCAGCGACUACAUGCAGCACUGUGCCAGUAAAGUUAGUGAUGGGAUGGCCUUACAGUUGGGCUGCCUGGAGAUCAGGAGAUUUUAUAAAGAUAUGAAUGCCAGUGGAUUGGAUAAAAAAUCGAAUUUCGAAUUUUUGGAGAAAGAUGUGGGCCUUGAGUUGUUCUUUCCCCAAGAGCUAAUCAACAGCAUGAAGCCAAAGCAACUCAGGAAAUUGAUCCAGCAAACAUUCCAGCAGUACUCAUCUCUAAAGGAGGAGCAGUGCAUUAUGAAGUUUUUUAAGACUUUCUCAGUCUUCUCCAGUUUUGAUGAGGAAGUUUACCCGUGUGAGCUGGUGCAAGGAUGGAGUUUGGCUGUAGACCUCGUAAUUGGCCCAAAAGGCAUUUGUCAGCGCACUGACAAAAAUUCAGUGCCUGUCUGCCUAGCUGUUUUCUCACAAGUUCAAAGCAUCAAAUGCUCCCUUCAGAAUGAUGGAAAUGGUCUGUUACAUGUGGACAUUAAAGGAGCUAAACAGCCUUUGACAGUCAACACAGCCUCAUUAGCAACUGCAGAGAACAUGGCGGACUUGAUCGAUGGUUAUUGUCGUUUAGAAAGUGGAAAGGACGUCUCUUUGUUGGUGAGACCAAAUAAAGAUAAAGAAGCUAGAAUUUCUCUACCUCCACUUCCCAAAAGUAAAAGUAAAGAAGGCUCCUCUUCCUGCAGUAUGAGGAUGAACUCAGAUAUCUACGCAGAGAUACCAGAUGAAAAGCCAGACGCAACAGACAGGUACAGCCUUUCCCAAGAUGACAUCGUCCUUGGCCGGAUCCUGGGCGAAGGCUUCUUUGGAGAGGUUCAUGAAGGUGUUUACAAAAGCAAGACAGGUGAAAGAGUGAGUGUUGCAGUGAAGACAUGCAAGGACUGCGCAGCUGAUGUCAAAGAAAAGUUCAUGAGCGAGGCUGUAAUCAUGAAGAAGCUUGACCAUCCUCAUAUUGUGCGACUGAUUGGAAUUAUUGAGAAGGAUCCAGUGUGGAUUGUAAUGGAGCUUUACCAGCAUGGAGAGCUAGGACAUUACCUGAUCGAGAACCAGCACAAACUGACCAACGUUACGCUCAUCCUGUACAGUCUACAGAUCUGCAAAGCCCUUGCAUAUCUGGAGGGUGUGAAUAUGGUACACAGAGAUAUUGCCGUAAGAAAUGUGUUGGUUGCUAAACCAGACUGUGUAAAGCUGGGUGACUUCGGCUUAUCCAGAUACAUAGAAGAAGAAGAAUACUACAAAGCCUCUGUGAGUCGAUUGCCUAUCAAAUGGAUGGCUCCGGAGUCCAUCAAUUUCCGACGAUUUACCUCAGCUAGUGAUGUCUGGAUGUUUGCUGUGUGUUUGUGGGAGAUCAUGAGUCGGGGUCAACAGCCUUUCUUCUGGCUGGAAAACAAGGAUGUCAUCAACCAGCUGGAGCAGGGCAUGCGGCUGCCUAAACCUGAGCUGUGUCCUCCCACACUGUACUCGCUCAUGACACGCUGCUGGACCUACGACCCCAGUGAGAGACCUCGCUUCACCACGCUGGUGUGCAAUCUCAGCGAUGUUCACAAAAUAGAACAGGAGCAGGAAGUGGAGCAACAGAGGGACAGAGCACGGACUAUAAGGACAUCUUUCGCUGAGCCUCCACCCAAACCAUCAAGACAGAGACAGUUACCCACAAAUUUUAACACUACUGGCCCAGGGCUACAGAUUCAGCUCCCCCAGAAUCUCUGUGCUAGUACACCUGCCCUUGCGUGGCCACCAGGUUUCACAUCAACUCAUAUCUCCAGUGGCACGUUGACCCUGCCUCUGUCUCCGCGACGCGGCAGCAUGGGGGAAAGGGACCGUAUAGUUGAACCAGUCAACAAAGAGGACGCUCAGCGGCUGUGGGAGCUGGAAAAAUUGUCCAUUCAGGACACUCUGAGGAAGCAGAAAAUGGAGAUGAUGGAGGACAACCAGUGGCUGGAGAAAGAGGAGAAACUGCUGGAUCCAAUGGUUCCAGAUGAUGCAAAAUUAAAAACGGUGUCUGAAAAGGAGACAGACUAUACUCAGUUUCGAGUUCCCCCAGGGAAGCCUCCCAGACUGACCGCGCAGCCAGCUCCCACAGCAGAACUGGACCGCUCAGAGGAUCAGGUUUACCACAAUGUGAUGGAGAUGGUAAAAGUGGUGGUGCAGCUCAAGAAUGAUGUCAACACACUGCCACCCUCUGAGUAUGUUGGUGUGGUGAAGGCUGUGGGACUGACUUUGCGUAAUCUAAUCCACAGCGUAGAUGAAGUACUCCCAAGCUUGCACGAGUCAAUCAGGACCGAGAUUGAAGGCACUCAGAAGCUGUUGAAUAAGGACAUGGCAGAGUUGAUCAGCAAGAUGCGGCUGGCCCAGCAGAACGCCAUCACCUCUUUGAAAGAUGAGUGCAAGAAGCAGAUGCUGACAGCAGCUCAUACUUUGGCCAUGGACUCUAAGAACCUUCUGGAUGCUGUGGACCAGGCCCGCGUUCGAGCCAAUGUGGCCAAACCUAAACCUGCUUCUCCAGCAGAGUAAUAGAGCUACAUAUGCCAGAGAUUUAGAACAGGAGCUGCAGGCCUUUUUUGAAUUGUUCGUGCUAGAUAAAAAAGAGAAGCUUUUAGUUUGUGGAAUAGUGCCUUUUAUGAUGCACAGGUACAGCCUUAUUUAUGUUUUGUUAUGUUUAUGUUUACUGAUAGAAAGCUGUGCUUUCUUUACGGAAUGUUUGAUAUAUCGUUUUUUUUAGUUUUAUUUGCAAACACAGACAACUGCUUGUAGGCAUUUCACAAGUCUAUAUCUUCUGGACUGAGACUAAUCUUUUCGUCUUUUAUCACAUUUCAAAAAGAUAUGUCAUCUCUGUUGGCAAAAGACAGAUGCCAGAUUCACAGAAAAGUGUAGCAUUUCUGUUCUUCAGUUUUAUAGUUGUUAUGAGACAGUAUGACUGAUUUUUCUCAAAAACAAAAUCCUUCCAUCUUCAAAUGUCAGUGUUAUUUAUGUCUCUGUAAUUGUAAGCUUGGUGUAUUUGUAUUUUUUUUAUGUAAUGCCCUGGUGGAUAAGCUGUGAUUUAUAUCAUACAGAAAAUAAUUUUGAAAUGAUUCUGACCCUUGACAAAUCUCUGAUGGAAGCAGAGCAUUUGCACUGUACUUCAACUAUUUAGACAAACAUCAUUGCAGCACUGAUAACCAGCAGGGGGAGUGUUACACAAUAACUAGAGUCAAUUCCGAUAUCGCUCCAUCAAAGAAUGGUUUGUUACUCUACUAUGAAAUGUUACAAUAGAAUUGUCAAUUUAUAAGUUCAAAGUUUUGGAGCAUUUAGUGCCUAUGCUCAGAAAACAGGUAUUGUCCAGGUGAGUUUCAGAGCCUGAAGGAAAAAAAAAAAAUAUUAGAGUACCCGCAAAGGUACAACAGAAAAAGAGAAAGGGUCCCAUUUGUAUUGUGACUUUUUAAGUACAAAAAUAAAAUAAAAAGCCUGGUGUUCAGGCAGGGUGUGUGGAGUCAAUACAACAUAAAUCAACACUAUGUAAGAUUUUUUUUUAUCAAAAUUGAAGCUUAAUAUCAUUAGUGAAUAAUGCAUUGGCACCUGUGCAUUGCUGCAUGUCACCCUUCCAGCUCGCUAGAUGAUGAAAAUGUGAUGGCAACAUCAGAUAAUUCUGUUACAUCAUUCUCUGAACUUUGACUGAGUUUUCUUUGAAUAUUUUUCUAUGUGCUCAGAAUCACCAGAUUCAUCUGCUCAGGGAAGGGGUUAGAAGUGCAACCCACAUUACAAAACCCCCAAAUCAUACAUAGUGUAGUGUAAUAGAAAUAUAACUGCAACUGAAUUUUAUGUUCCCUUUUUUAUGUCCAGUGAUUCUGUUUGCUGAUUAAAGGUACUGAAAACCUUGAGCAUGAGA